GACACUUUUGACUCGCUUUUUUAUGUUCUGUGGACGUAUCCGGAUGUCAACCUGUGAUGUCAACGUGUUCACACAGACACAACCGUAACCGGUUUCUGUCAGAACCUAACCUAAAAAGUGUAACAUUUUUCUUAUAAUUAAUGUGAACAAACAAAGCAAUAAUAUAAAACUGAUUAAAAAAUAUGUAAACCAUAAUAAUGACGUUCCUACAAGACACCAUAGUGGUGUUACUUUCCCAGGUAACAUUCUUUGUUGGGGCAUGGAUCUUUUUUGUAAAACAAUUAUUCAAAGAUUAUGAAGUGAGACAUAUUAUGGUACAAUUAAUUUUUUCGAUUACUUUGACUCUAUCAUGUACAAUGUUUGAACUCAUAAUAUUCGAAAUAUUAGAACUACUUGAUGCAAGCUCACGCUAUUUCUACUGGUGCCUAAUGCUGUAUUUAUUGUUGUUUGUGGUAAUUGUAUUAAACCCUUUUUAUAUUGCUUACUAUUGUAUUAGUAAUAUUUCAUUUGUUAAACCCGACUACAUAAAACAUUUAACCGUCUUAGUGUGGAUCAUUUUUAUUGUGAUAUUUUGGAAAUUUGGAGAUCCAUUCCCAAUUUUGAGCCCAAAACAGGGUGUUUUAUCCAUGGAGCAGUUAGUUUCACGAAUUGGUGUCAUAGGGGUCACAGUAAUGGCGCUACUAUCUGGAUUUGGUGCAGUCAACUAUCCCUAUACAUCAAUGGCCUAUUUUAUUCGGGAAGUUUCCAUCACAGACGUGAUGAACAUUGAGAAGAGAUUGAUGCAAGCAAUGGAUAUGGUAGUCAUGAAGAAAAAAAGAAUCGCAAUUGCAAAAAGACAAUCUCUUGAAAAAAUAAAUGAAGGAAUGCCUAGAAGAUCUGGAUUAUGGAGUAUGAUCUAUCCAGGAAGCAAUAACAGAAACCAAGAAAAUAUAUCACAGCUAAAAUUAGAAAUAGCAGGUUUGGAAGAGUUAAGUAGACAGCUUUUUCUUGAAGCGCAUGAAAAUCGCAAUAUGUUUGAAAGGAUAGAAUGGUCAAAAACAUGGAAAGGAAUAUAUUUUAAUUUUUUGGGGUAUAUAUUUUCAGUGUACUGCACAUGGAAAAUUUUUAUUUGUACCAUUAAUAUAGUAUUUGACAGAGUAGGAAAAAAAGACCCUGUAACUAGAGGCAUAGAAAUUGCAAUUCACUGGAUGGGUUUUAAUUUUGAUGUCAAUUUUUGGUCUCAACAGGUAUCUUUUUAUUUGAUAGGAUGUAUUGUUGUUACUUCCAUAAGAGGAUUAUUAUUGACUUUAACAAAGUUUUUCAACAGAAUGUCAUCAAGUAAAAGUUCCAACAUUAUUGUACUGAUUUUAGCCCAAAUCAUGGGAAUGUAUUUUGUUUCUUCUGUUCUUCUUAUGAGGAUGAAUAUGCCUCCACAAUAUAGGACAAUAAUAACCCAAGUUUUAGGAGAUUUGCAAUUUAAUUUUUAUCAUCGUUGGUUCGAUGUAAUAUUUUUAGUAAGUGCCUUGGGCAGUAUCGUGACUCUGUAUCUAGCUCAUAAGCAACCUGUACAUGAAAAUCUUUGAUUUUUUUUUAAUUAAUUUAAGCUUUGUAUAAACUUAACCUUGUGAUAAACUACUAUAGAAUAUAUGAAAGUUUUCCAAAAUGA